AUGAAGUAAAUUGGUCAUUAUACAUAUGAUGAAAUUAAUUGCCUUGGAUAAGGUGCCUAUGGGAAAGUCUAUGAAGGAUUAAACACUCUAAAUAAUGAAACAGUUGCUAUAAAGAAGUUAGAUUUGAUACUCUUUGAGAAAGAUAAGUACUUGCGUAAAUAAAUAGGUAAAUCAUUCAUUUAUAAUCAUCAAAGUCUAGGAGAUUGAAAUUAUGAGUAAACUCAAUCAUAAGAACAUUGUAAAAUUCAUUGAACUUUUAGCUACUAAAAAGUCUUUGUUCAUUGUGACUGAAAUGUGUCGUAGUGGUGAUCUUAAAUCAUUGAUUUCAAGCAAGAAUAUUAGUGAAUAAUAAGUAUGCUUAAUAUCCUAUGAAAUAGGCAAUUGAUAUUAUGUUCUAAAUUUUAGAUGGUUUUAAAGAAUUAAUAAAGAGUGGAGUAAUUCAUCGAGAUAUGAAACCAGCUAAUGUUCUCAAUGAUAUGGGUACUGUCAAAAUUGCAGAUUUUGGAUUUGCCAAAUACGUUGAGAAUUAUUCAUCAUAACUACUUAAAUCUUGUGUUGGAAGUCCACUCUAUAUGGCACCUUAAGUUUUAGAAAGACAUCAUUAUAGCACUAAAUGUGAUAUUUGGUCACUUGGUGUUAUUUUUUAUGAAAUGUUACAUUUUGAUGUACCAUGGAAGGGUAGAGAUGAAGAAGAUUUAUUACACAACAUCAAAACUUAACCAUUACAAUUUAAAAAUGACCUUUCCACAUUUUCUAAAAAAUUUCUUACUAUAGUAUGAUUUUUUUAUAUUUUUUCUUAGACUCUUGUUAUUGAAGAAGAAAAUAGAGCUUCAUGGAAUCAAAUCUUUGAACUUUCUAAUGAUUCUAUAUUUCAAAAGUCUGUCUCCUCUGAAGACAUUAGCGAAGAAAGUAUAUAAAAAUUACCUACAUGGAUUCAAAAACAGAAUUUUUAAUAAAAACUAGAUAAAAAAGUAGAUGAAUAAAAAUAAUAAUAAAUUGAAGAAUUAUAACAAAUUAGAAAAUCAUUAGCUUAUUAACAUUUCAUUAUGGCAGAAUGUUAUAAUGAAUAAAUCAAUAAUGAAAGCAAUAAAGAAUUGCAAUAAGACAGCAUUAAAUUAAUCAUAAAUUAUUUGAAUCUAAAUAUUGUCACAGAAUCACAAAAUUUGUUAUAAGUAAUUUUGAAGAGUAAUAUAGGCUAGUCUUGACUUGUAUUCUAAAUUUUCAUAAAAAAAUUUACUUUGGAAAAUGCAAGAACAAUUAAAUUUGGAACAUAAUUAUUAUUUAUAAAUGUAGAUCGAUGCAUAAAAAUUAUUUAUAUCUAAUUAAGUUUAAGGUAAACCAAAUGAUAAAUAAAUAAACGAAGCAAAAUCUUAAUUGUAAAAAUGCAAAAAUUCAAAUGUAAAUCAUUGAUUAUUGAUAAAUUAGAUAGGCUGCGUAAAUCUUAUUAGAUUUGAUAAAUAAUUAAAAUUGGAAUAAAUGA